AUGGAAUAUUUGCAAAACAAUCAAUUAACUACAAUACAACAAGGAGCAUUUUCAGACCUACCAGCAGUAAAAGAUCUAUCAUUGCAUACAAAUAUAUUAACAACAAUACAGCAAGGAACAUUUCAAGACCUACCGUCGCUUAAACAUCUGCAUUUGUACAGAAAUCAAAUAACUACAAUACAGCAAGGAGUAUUUCAAGACCUACCAGCUCUAUACGAACUGUAUUUAUACAGCAAUCAAAUAACUACAAUACAGCAAGGAUCAUUUCAAGACCUACCAGCACUAGGCCGCCUAGCAUUGCACCAAAAUCGAUUAACAACAAUACAGCAAGGAACAUUUCAAGACCUACCAUCGCUUAACCUUCUGUAUUUAUUUAGCAAUCAAAUAACUACAAUAGAGCUAGGAGUAUUUCAAGACUUACCAGCGCUAUUCGAACUGUAUGUAUACAUUUUGACAAUAUUUCAUCAAGAGGAAAAUGAAAACUGA